AGCAAAUAUAUCAAGGUAAACUGUAAAUGCAAAUAUGACUAAAUAAGCAUGUACAUACAUAUACUAUUUUUCCUUCACCUAUCGCCAUAUCGACUUCAAAUUGAUUAUAAAUUGUACGUACAUUCAAUAAUGUAGUUCACAUUUGCUAUGUAUUGCAUGCGAGGGUGUCAGUAGUAACCUAUGGCGCAGCUACUUUUGGAUUGAAUAUGGGCUGGAACUGAAUGUUCGGAACAUUGAACGACGGAAUGUUAAUUUUAGUAUCUUAAAAGUAUUUGACGUGGUUUUAUUGUAUUCGAUUAGUACUAUAUUUUACAACUACCUGAUAUUUUAAUCCAGCAUCAUUUAAUUUAUUUAACAGCCAAUCGAGUUUCACGUUGCGAAGGGGUGGUGGGUGGAUGAUCUCAUACAUUCCUCUCGAGGAUGCUGCGCGUAAGAAUACACACGCAUGUAGCUUCACUUCUUUGGUAACAGUCGACGAGGAUUUUUAUUAUAAAAAAUAAAAAUAUUUUUUAUUGGUAUUUAAAAUGUCAACACUUUCUUUGCGGAUUUCGAUUCCGGAGAAAAAUGUAACUAAGAUGAUGCAAUUUGAUCCAAAUACAUCUGUAUAUGAUGGAUGUCGUAUGAUUCGAGAAAAACUUACAGAAGUGAGUAAUACGGAACAAAAUUAUGGUUUAUUUUUGGCCGAUGAAGAUGCAAAAAAAGGAGUUUGGCUUGAAUCAACUAGAAAUUUAGAUUAUUACAUACUUAGAAAUGGAGACUUUUUAGAAUAUAAGAAGAAACUAAGAACACUGAGAGUAAAAUUAUUGGAUGGAACUUUAAAAACUAUAUUGGUCGAUGAUAGCCAACCAGUUAUAAAUUUAAUGGUAGUAAUAUGCACAAAAAUUGGUAUUACAAAUCAUGAUGAGUAUUCUUUGGUUCGCGAAACAGUAGAAGAAGAAUAUGAAAAUAAUAAAUUAGUAAAUUUUGGAACUUUAACAUUAAAGAAAAAAAAAGAAGAAAAGGUAGAAAAAGAUGCAAAAAUGAAUCAAUUAAGAAAAAAAUUAAAAACUGACGAUGAAGUAAAUUGGAUAGAUCCAAGUAAAACAUUGAGAGAACAAGGUAUAGAUGAAUAUGACACUGUAUUGUUGAGAAGAAAAUUUUUCUUUUCUGAUCAAAAUAUUGAUAGUAGAGAUCCAGUGCAAUUAUCUCUUCUCUACGUCCAAGCUAGAGAUGCUAUUCUAGAUGGUACACACCCAAUCAUUCAAGAACAAGCUUGUAUUUUUGCUGGUAUACAAUGUCAAAUACAAUUUGGUGACUAUAAAGAAGAUAAACACAAAUCUGGUUUUUUAGAUUUAAAGGAAUUUUUACCGCAGUCAUACCUAAAAAUAAAAGGUAUCGAAAAGAAAAUUUUUCUCGAACAUAAAAAGCAUUGUAGUUUAUCUGAAUUAAAUGCUAAAGUUCUUUAUACUAAAACUGCAAGAUCAUUAAAUACAUAUGGAGUUACAUUUUUCCUUGUAAAGGAGAAAAUGAAAGGAAAAAAUAAAUUAGUGCCUCGUCUUUUAGGAGUAACUAAAGAUUCUGUUUUGCGACUUGAUGAAAAAACAAAAGAAAUUUUAAAAACUUGGCCUUUAACAACGGUGAGAAGGUGGGGAGCAUCUCCCAAUACUUUUACAUUAGAUUUUGGAGAUUACUCAGACCAGUAUUACAGUGUUCAAACAACUGAAGCUGAACAAAUAUUACAAUUAAUUUCUGGAUACAUCGAUAUAAUACUUAAAAAACAAAAGGCUAAAGAUCAUUUUGGCAUUGAAGGAGACGAAGGAUCCACUAUGGUAGAAGAUAGUAUUUCCCCGUUAAAAGCAACUAUUCUGCAACAUGAAAUUGGAAAUAUUGGAAAAGGAAGUGCUGAGUCUGUAUCUGUAGCAAUACCAGCUGUAAUAAGAGCUGGUGCGGAUGGAGCCCGAUUAUAUGGAACAGGUUAUUUGGCUACAACUCAGUUUACGACUAUAAGUGGGCAAGUAAAUAUUGCUCAUGCUCCUGCAAUGAUACAACAACCGAAAGUAACAUCUGUGUUAACGGAACCGAAUCGUGCUUUAAUUUCAACUAUUAUGACUGGUCAGGAAGUAAUCCAAACCGCAGAAACAGAGCUAUCAUCGAAAGCUCGUAUUCCAGAACUUGGAGAUGAUAUUGCUUCAUUACGUUGGAUAGAGGAAACAAUUGAUACACAUAAACAAAAUAUUGGAUCACAAAUAGCUGCAAUGAGUGCCGCAACAGCAGAAGUGGUUACUUUAACAUCUGGUUCCCUGGAUAAUAUAGACCAUACUGCUAUUGGUGCUGCGAUCACAACUAUAACUACUAAUUUACCAGAAAUGACAAGAGGUGUAAGAAUGAUAGCUGCGUUAUUAGAUGAUGGAACAUUUGGAGAUAGACUUUUAGAUGCUGCAAGGAAAUUAUGCUUAGCAUUUUCUGAUUUGUUAAAAGCUACUGAACCAGAAAUGAAGGAGCCACGACAAAACUUACUAAAUGCUGCAUCUCGAGUUGGUGAAGCUUCUCAUAAUGUACUUACAACAAUUGGAGAAGAUGAUGACGCAAGUCGAGAACUUCAAGAUAUUCUUCUAGCAUUAGCAAAAGCUGUUGCAAAUACGACCGCUGCUCUUGUUUUAAAAGCAAAAGGAAUAGCUGGUAUUUGUGAAGACAUGGAUACUCAAAACCAAGUUAUUGCAGCUGCAACACAUUGUGCUCUUGCAACCUCUCAAUUAGUUGCCUGUACUAAAGUUGUUGCUCCAACUAUAAAUUCUUCAGCAUGUCAAAAUCAAUUAAUGAACGCUGUUCGAGAAGUCACAAAAACCGUUGAAAAUCUUGUUAAGAUUUGCAAUAACACUUGUACAGAUGAAAACCUUUUAAAAGCAUUAAGCGUAGCUGCUGCAGAUGUUACAAAAACACUUAAUGAUCUUCUAAUUCAUAUUAAAUUAUCCACGCACGAUGAGAAAAUAAAAGACUGUCUGCAAGAAGGAGCCGUUGAAACCAUAUUUAUGGCUACUGAUAAACUUUUUGCAAGUUCAGGUGAUGCUGGAGAAAUGGUUCACCAAGCAAGAAUUGUAGGACAAGCAACAGCACAGUUGAUUCAAACUAUUAAAGGAGAUGCAGAAAAGCAAACAGAUUCUGAUCAACAAAGAAAACUAUUAGCUGCUGCUAAAAUUUUAGCAGAAGCAACUGCAAAAAUGGUAGAAGCAGCUAGGAGAUGUGCUAGUAGUCCUCGAGACGCUAAAAUGCAAGAUAAACUACGUCAAGCUGUUGAAGAACUGAGAGAAAUUACUACAGUAUCAACUAAUCACAGUCUUCGACAAAAUUUAAUACGAAAAUUGGAAAAAUGUGCUAAACAUGCUGCAUCUUCGGCAACACAAUGUAUAGCUGCAUGUUCGGGAGUAACUUUACAUAAUAUCAAUCAUGCCACACAAACAGAAUUACAUAUUCAAUGCCAGUCCAUUGUUCAACAUAUUCCUAAUUUAGUAUCAGGAAUAAAAGGAACUAUAGCACAACCUGAUAAUUCUACCAUGCAGUUAAAUCUUAUUAAUGCUGUAGAGCAAUUUUUACAACCGGGUUUAAUUGUAGUUAAAGCCGCUAAAGCUGCUUUGCCUACUAUCAGUGAUCAAGCUUCUGCAUUACAGUUAAACAAUGCUUCACAACAUCUUUGCUUGGCAUUAACGAAUUUAAAAGUUGUUGUGAAUCGUGCAAAAGAGUCUUGUAAUGGAUUAGAAUUUAUUUCUGCUGAAGAGAUCCUUUAUAAUUUAAAAACGGAACUAAAAGAGUUAUGUAAAACAACCGAAGCAUCAUCAUUAAAACCUUUACCGGGUGAAACGGCAGAAAUAAUGUCAUUAAAACUUGGUGCUGUUUCAAAAAAUGUAGGAUUUGCUAUAGCUCAACUUCUCUCUGCUGCUAAACAAGGAAAUAUGGACUAUACCGGAACUGCUGCCAGAGAAACUUCAGCAGCUUUAAAAAAUUUAAUAUCAGCUAUAAGAGGGGUUGCUGCAACAAUAAUUGAACAAGGCACACAACAAAAAGUUCUAAUGACAGCUGAUGACGUUAUUAAUAAAUCUAUAAAGCUGAUUAAAGAAACUCGUUGGACUCUUACAAAACCUAAUAAUCCAGAUAAUGAAAAAAAAUUAGCAUUUAUUGCUAAAGAAGUAGGAUAUACUUUAAAUCAAUGUAUUUCUUUUUUACCUGGUCAGAAAGAUGUUGAUGAAGCAAUACACAAUAUAGAAAGUAUCAGUAAAAUUUUAAAAUCAAAUGAAUUUCCAACUACAACAAAAAAUUAUAGUCAAUUACAAACUGAUAUAAUUUGCUUCGCUACCAAUUUAAAUGACGCAUCUUUACAAAUUUUAUCGUCCAUUCGAUCACCAGUAGAAUUAGCAAUUUUAUCUAAAAAAUUUACGGGAACCUUAAAUGAUUUAAUUGAAACUGGUAUGAAAAUAGUUGGUCAGACAAUAACAGAAAUGAAAUCACAAGUUGUUGUAUCACUCAAUCAUAUUUGUCUUAGCUGUAUUAAAUUUUUAUAUUCAUCAAAAUCUGUAGCUAUAGAUCCGACUGCUCCUAAUGCAAAAAAUCAACUUUCUACUGCCGGACGCGCGGUAACCGAUUCAAUAAAUUAUCUUCUUGAUUUAUGUACAUGUAAUGCUCCUGGACAAACAGAAUGUGAUAAUUCUAUACGAACAAUUCAGUCAAUGCUUCCAUUAUUAGAUAAUCCAAAUGAAUCGAUUUCAGACGCUUCCUAUUUUGAUUGUCUUGAAAUUAUCAUGGAAAAAAGUAAAAGCUUAGGAGAUGGAAUGACUGGCAUUGCUAAUCAUGCUAAAAAAUCAGAACAUCAACACUUUUCAAUGGCAAUCAAAGGAGUUUCAACAUCGAUAUGUGGUUUAAUUGAAGCAGCUGCUCAAGCUGCAUACUUAGCUGGUGCUAGUGAUCCUACAUCAGUUGCUGGUAAACCAGGAUUAGUAGAUCAAGCUCAAUUUUUUCGAGCAGCACAGUCCAUCAAUUCAAGUUGUCAUAAUCUAGGAAAUCCUAAUUCAUCCCAGCAACAAGUCCUAUCUGCUGCUACUGUAAUUGCAAAACAUACUAGUACUUUGUGCAAUGCUUGUCGUUUAGCAUCUAAUAAAACUAAUAACCCUAUUGCUAAACGGCACUUUGUUCAAUCCGCUAAGGAUGUCGCUAAUUGUACAGCUAUUUUAGUUAAGCAAAUUAAAGCUCUGGAUAUAAAUUAUUCAGAAACAAAUAGAGAAAGUUGUAUAGAUGCUACAAAACCAUUAUUAGAAGCUGUUGAUAAUUUAUGUACAUUUGCAAGCUCACCAGAGUUUCUUAGUCAACCUGCUAAAAUUUCAACAACUGCUAAAGGUACCCAAGAACCAAUAAUAACUGCAAGUAAAUCUAUCAUUAAUGGUUCAUAUGCAAUGUUACUUGCUGCAAAAAGCCUUGCAGUAACACCUAAAGAUCCUCCAACAUGGCAAUUAUUAGCAAAUCAUAGUAAAAAUGUUAGUGAUUCAAUCAAAGCUUUAGUAGCUUCAAUACGUGAUAAAGCACCUGGUCAAAUAGAAUGUGAUUUAGGUAUACAACAAAUCACUUUACAAAUUCGAGAUCUUGAUACAGCAUCAUUGAAUGCAGUUUCUCAAACAUUUCUACCACGAAAAGAAAAUACAAGUCAGGGUUUUAUUGAUCAAAUGGCUAAUACGAUUUGUGAAUUACAUGAUAAAUUAGAAUUCUUACGGAAUGCUGCUAAAUCCGAAGCUGAAAAUAUUGGGCAUGCUGUAACACAAGUUGUAUUGUACUGUGAAGCAUUGGUUUAUAGUGGAAUAGGCUCGGCUUCAUAUAUGAUACAGUCCAAACAGCAAAUGAUGUUAUUAGAUCAAACGAAAACUAUCGCUGAAUCGAUUUUACAAUUUAUAUAUGUAACAAAGGAAUCGGGUGGUAAUCCAAAAGCAAAAAAUCUUCAUAAUGAUGUAGACGAAAGUAUAGAGUCAACUAAAGAAUCACUUCAAGAAUUAAAAAAUACACUAGAAACAAUUUCAUCGUCAAAGGGUAUUGUAACCGGAUUAAUCGAGACUAUUACUCGAGCGAUGGUAAAACUGGACGAUGACAGAAUUUCAACAAUAGAGAAUUGUGAUUCAUUUGUUGAUUAUCAAUCAAGAAUGAUUGACGCUGUCAAGGAAAUAGCACAUUUAGCACAAGAAAUUUCGAGCAAAGCAAUGGAUACGGGAAUAUUGGGACCUGUUUUGGUGGAUAUUUCUCAUAAGUAUAUUCAACUAGCUAAAGAUACAUAUAGUGCAUCAAUUGCUACUUCAAAUUCAGCUGUAUCAUCAAAACUGCGUAUUGAAGUUCAAGAAUUAGGAAAAACAUGUACAGAUAUUAUUGGAACUGCUGGAAAUCGACAAAUGAUAUCAAAUGAUAUUUAUGUACAACAAGAAGUAUCUGACUGUAGUAAAUGCAUUAGUGAAAAAGUAUCCCAAAUACUAGCUACUCUACAAGCUGGACUGCGUGGAACACAAGCAUGUAUAAAUGCUGCUAGUACUGUUUCAGGAAUUAUAGGAGAUCUUGAUACUACAAUAAUGUUUGCUACGGCUGGUACUUUACAUGCAGAUAAUGAAAGUGAAACAUUUGCUGAUCAUAGGGAAAAUAUUCUCAAAACAGCUAAGGCACUAGUAGAAGAUACUAAAACUCUAGUUGCUGGAGCUGCAUCUUCGCAAGAACAAUUAGCUGUGGCUGCUCAAAAUGCUGUAUCAACUAUUCUUCAACUAGCUGAUGUUGUCAAAUAUGGAGCAGCAAGUCUCGGAAGCAAUAAUCCAGAAGCACAAGUAAUGUUAAUAAAUGCUGUGAGAGAUGUUGCUUCAGCUCUUGGAGAUCUUAUACAUGCUACUAAAGCUGCUAGUGGAAAACUCAUAAACGAUCCUAGUAUGGCACAUCUUAAAGAUUCGGCAAAGAGCAACAGUCACGUAUUCACUUAGUCUGUCUCGGAUACAAACUUUGAUUAAUUUUACGGGAGAUUUCAAAAGUUUUUUUUCUUUUUAUUUUAUAGAAUAGGAUAUUCAACUAUGGAUAUGUAGACAACAUAAAAAUAUUGCAGCAUUGGGUGAUGUAUAAGAAUUUCAGUAGUCGGUCUCUUGUAUUGUGUGAAUUGAUAUU